CGUCUCAGCUCUCACUGUCAACAACAUCCCAUCCUGAAGACUCGCUUACCACAACUGAGAGUGGGGAGUCAGUUUGAGGCCUAGCAUCAUUUAAACUUCCUCCAAAGGCACAAAAGCCAGAAGAGAAAAAUGAAGACAGGACAUUUUGAAAUAGUCACCAUGCUGCUGGCAACCAUGAUUCUAGUGGACAUUUUCCAGGUGAAGGCUGAAGUGUUAGACAUGGCAGAUAAUGCAUUUGAUGAUGAAUACCUGAAAUGUACUGACAGGAUGGAAAUUAAAUACGUUCCCCAACUGCUAAAGGAGGAAAAAGCAAGCCACCAGCAAUUAGAUACUGUGUGGGAAAAUGCAAAAGCCAAAUGGGCAGCCCGAAAGACUCAAAUCUUUCUCCCUGUGAAUUUUAAGGAUAACCAUGGAAUAGCCCUGAUGGCAUAUAUUUCCGAAGCUCAAGAGCAAACUCCCUUUUACCAUCUGUUCAGUGAAGCUGUGAAGAUGGCUGGGCAAUCUCGAGAAGAUUAUAUCUAUGGCUUCCAGUUCAAAGCUUUCCACUUUUACCUUACAAGAGCCCUGCAGUUGCUGAGAAGACCUUGUGAGGCCAAUUCCAAAAAUGUGGUAUAUAGAACAAGCCAGGGCACUUCAUUUACAUUUGGAGGGCUAAACCAAGCCAGAUUUGGCCAUUUUACCUUGGCAUAUUCAGUCAAACCUCAGGCUGCUGAUGACCAGCUCACUGUGUUAUCCAUCUACACAUGCCUUGGAGUUGACAUUGAAAAAUUUCUUGAUAAAGAAAGUGAAAGAAUUACUUUAAUACCUCUGAAUGAGGUUUUUCAAGUGUUGCAGGAAGGGGCUGGCAAUAACCUUAUCCUUCAAAGCACAAACAAGACCUGCAGCCAUUAUGAGUGUGCAUUUCUAGGUGGACUAAAAACUGAAAACUGUGUUGAGAACCUAGAAUAUUUUCAACCCAUCUAUGUCUACAACCCUGGUGAGAAAACCCAGAAGCUUGAAGACCACGGUGAGAAAAAUCAGAAGCUUGAAGACCGUGGUGUGAAAAUCCUUGAACCCACCGAAAUACCAGGAAUGAAAAUUCCAGAACCUUUUCCAGUACCUGCUCGCUGGUCCUGGGUUUGCACAGUGCCGUCACGGGGGUCUUGCUCAUCAAACUGUGGUUAUCUGAAAGCAGCCAGUGGGCAUGGCGGGAGAUGAACGUGAGCUGUGUAGACAGACAGACCUGCUUCAGGAAGCCUCUGUCUCUUUCCUCUCAGUAACUUUAUAUAAGUUACUUCACUUUUCUAUGCCUCUGCUUUCACAUCUGUAAAAUGAGGAAAGCCUCUGUCUUGCAGGGCUGAUUAAAGACCUAAUGAGAUAAAGUACCCAGCAAAAUGAAUGGUAGUAGCAUAGUAGUAAAUAGUAGCUGCCUUUGUUAUUAUCUGAAAACCUCUUUCUUGUUUAGGAAUAAAAAUGAUACAACUGAAUGAAAAACCUGGUACUACAUUCUUUACUGGGGGUGGAGGCACCAUGGAUUCUAAGUCCUUUACCAUAAUCAUUCAGUUAGUUCAGUCUUACGGGGUCUGGGGAAGACAUCUGGGCUGUACACUUGCCAAUACCCCAGUCUGCAAGCCAGACAGCGAAAACGUUGAGAACUUUCAGUGUGAGCAGCAGGCUGCUAUUAUGGUUCUCUGGGCCAAACAUCAAAAAAGGCACUUGAUCUUAAACUGGAACAGUUGGCUUCCAGCUGGGCCUGUCUAUUCCAGAAUGAGGCAGGCUUCCCAGGGUGAGGGAAUCUGUAGACAUAGAAAUAGUAUCAUCCAAGAACUGUGAAUGAGGACAGUGCAGCGUGCCAAUACUGGGACCAGCCAUUCUGUGCUCCUCACCACACUCUGUAUCGUCCAAUAGGCCACUAGAUUUUGCUGGGACUACAGUGUAUUGUGCCCUCUCCUGGAAAGCUGUGUGUAGCUUUUAAAAAGGUGAUGUGAAAACAGUACACAGGAGCUCAAUGAGAUAAAUGUUAUUGACACUUGAGAGAUGAGAACAUGGAACAUAAGAAGAUUAAGGAAUUUAUAAUAGGCUAGAAAGAGACACCCAGGACUCAAACUUUUCAAGCUUUGUUCACUUUGUGCUACACUUGUCUUCCAAACAGAUUUAGUUAUCCACCUCUAUCUUGGGCACCUAGAAUUGCUAUUUGGCUUCAAAGCUGUUAAAAUAUGGUAAUAUCAUAAUAUUUCAAUGCUAGGCACACACUUGGUAGUACAGAUGGUCUCCAAGUUACAAUGGUUCUGUAAGAAUUAAAGAAAGAGGAAAGAAACACGAAAAGGUGGCUUGCCAGUUAGGACAGAUCUAUUUUAGAGAAAACCUGAGAGGCGCCUUCUGGCCGAGUGAGGUUAGAGGCCCACUUUUUUACAGACUAAGAGUUUUUAAGGAUUCAGGGUGGGAGAGUUUAUCAGAGGCUUGGACUGCUUCUGUGUCACUUGGUUGUGCUUAUCUGGGAGGGAGAGUUGUGUGUCUGUUCCCAUACUACAUCGUUCUGCAGCUGCAGGCAUAUUCCCCAAGUCUGCUUUUAGCUUCCCUAACUUAGUGCACCUGAAGGGAAAGGAAUGUGCUUAUUAAGGCCCACCGUUUCACUGGGGCCCAUUGUAUGAGGGUGAAGUUUGGGAGUUACUCAAGAGACUUUCCCCUCACCUCCCUUUGUGCCCUAGCUGUUUUAUCUGUGUUCUACUGUUUGCUCCUUCUGUCUGCUUGUAGUUAGAAGAGGUGAUUUCCUUGAAAUGCAUGAGGCUAGAAAGGGAGCUGGAAUUUAAAGUGGCGGUGUUUGUCCAAGAUGAUGGUGCUCCUGCUCUAUCAGGUUCAACUUAGGAUUUUUUGACUUUGCAAUGGUCUGAAAGCCAUACACAUUCAGUAAAAACCAUACUUCAAGUACCCAUACCAUUCUCUUUUUCACUUUCUGUACAAUAUUCGAUAGAUUACAUGAGACAUUCUAUAUUUUAUUAUAAAAUAAGUUUAUGUUAGCUGAUUUUGCCCAACUGCAGGCUCAUGUAACUGUUCUGAGCACGUUUAAGGUAGGCUGGGUUAAGCCAUGAUGUUCUGUAGGUUGGGUGAGUUAAAUGCAUUUUUGACUUACGGUAUUUUCAACUUGCAUUGGAUUUAUUGAGACACAACCCCACCAUAAGUCGAGAAGCAUCUGUAUAGCAUAGUAAUUCAGAGCAAAUUUGAAAUUUGAUAUUUCUAGCACCAAUUACCUCCGUGAUUUUAUGCAUGGCAUUCCUCAAAACAUUGCAUGAAUGUUUUAAGGAAUAUCUGUGAAAUAUGGAUAAUUAUACCUGGCUAAUAAGACUAAGAAGUAAAGGUGACAGUGUACAUAAAGCAUUUGCACAAUGCAUGGCACACAGUAAACACUCAAUGAAUACUAGGUAUUAAUGUACUUGGGAAUCUAAGUUCAAUAUGUAGAAAAUACUUUUUUGUAAACAAAAUUUUAACUUUUAUUUUAAUGUAAACACAUAUUGAUGGUAAAAAAAAAAAUUCAAAGAGCACAGAUGAGAACAAAUUAAACCCUUCCCCUAACCCCACACAUACCCGUAAACCUAUUACCCUGCCCCUCAGACCCACUCCCAGAGAUAACCGAGUUUGCUUAAUUUUUAAUCAGAUCUUUCUUUUCUGGAUAAACAGAUGUACAAUAUAACUAACUCAAAAUCUCUUUAUA